UCUAACUCACCUACCAAGAGUCAAAGCUGGUAGUACAAGACAAAUUCUUCCAACGAAAAGUGAAACAGAGGCUAAGGAAGACAUUAACUUUUCCUAUCAUAUUGCAGAUUUUGAAGAACUCUUGAGGAAUAUUCAGGAAACCCCGCCAGGAAUACAUUUAGAGAGAAACAGAAAUGGCUUCACUAUCAAAGAAGAAUCUCUCUUGUCCUGUCUGCCAGGACAUUUUUAAAGAUCCUGUUGUCCUAACAUGUAGCCACAGCUUCUGCAAGUCCUGUCUGCAAAAAAGCUGGUCUGAUGAAAACUCAAAGAACUGCCCGGUUUGCAAGACAAUGUCUCAGAGCGACCCACCCUGUAACCUGGCUUUGAAGAAUUUGUGUGAGGCCUAUUUGCGUGACAGAGAUCGUGAGGCUUCUAAACCUCUUUGCAGUUUACAUUCUGAGAAACUCCGACUCUUCUGUCUGGAACAUGGGCAGCUGGUAUGUAUUAUCUGUCGAGAUUCAAAAGCACACAGCAACCACACAUUCAGACCUGCCGAUGAGGCUGCGAGGGAUUACAAACAGGAGCUCGAGACAUUCCUGAUGCCUGUGCAGGAAAAACUCAAGCUCUUUGAACAAGUUAAAGAAAACUGUGAUCAAACAGCCAAAUACAUUCAAGUCCAGGCACGACACACAGAGAAGCAGAUUAAGGAGCAGUUUAAGAAGCUUCACCAGUUUCUACAAGAGGAAGAAGAGGCCAGGAUUACUGCUCUGAGGGAGGAAGAAGAGCAGAAGACUGAGAUGAUGAAGGAGAAGAUUAAAGGUCUUAGGAGAGAUAUAGAAGCUCUUUCAGGCACAGUCGGAGCUACAGAAAAAGAGCUGAGGGCUGCAGAUGUCUCAUUCCUGCAGAACUAUAGUCAAGCACAGGAAAGAGUCCUGCAGCAUUUCGAGCUGAAUGAUCCAGAACCGGUUUCAGGAGCUCUGAUAGAUGUGGCAAAACAUCUGGGCAACUUGAACUUUAACAUCUGGAACAAGAUGAAGGACACACCUUGCACACCUGUGAUUCUAGAUCCAAAUACUGCUCAUCGAGACCUCGUCCUUUCAGAAGAUCUGACCAGUGUGAGACGUGAGAAGACACAGCCGCUUCCUGAGAAUCCUGAAAGGAUGUAUUACUACAUUGCUGUCCUGGGCUCGGAGGGCUUUGACUCAGGCGCUCACAGCUGGGAUGUUGAGGUUGGAGAUAGUCCAGUCUGGGCACUGGGGGCAUUAGCAACACCUGUCCAGAGUAAGUUAGAAAAACCAUCAAAAUUACUAAAAAUUUCUUUCUAUGAGGGUGAAUAUACAGCAGACUCAAUGCAAAAUCCUACAGUGGUUCUCCAAAUAAAGGGGAAAUUCAAGAGAAUCAGAGUUAAUUUGGACUGUGAAAAACAAAAGCUGUCAUUCUUUGAUCCUGAUACUAACACACACAUACACACUUUCACUCACAAUUUAACCGAGAAGCUCUUUCCAUACUUUAAUGUUGUGAAUGCGCACCCAUUGAAGAUAAUGCCAGUGAUGUGAUCUGUAAGUCCAUGAUCAGAUAAACAUGAAUGUUUCCUCAAAGCAUCAUCUCAACACUUCUGUCUCUCGGUAAUGAUUCAACAGCACAGUUCCAUUAGGCGAGAAGCGAUGGCCAUAAUUUUAGCGCUUCUUGUUUUGUUCUUAAACCAGUUUUUUACAGUGAACAUGACCUCACUUUACCCUCACAUUCACUGUCACGUAUGAUGCAUUGGAUGUGAUUCUAAUCUAAAUAAUGUAGUGCUGGUUGGUCCUGUUCAACCGGUUUAAAAAAUGCUGGCAUGAAACCAGCCAACAGUAAAUUACAGUCUGCUUUGUUCCAGGUGAAUAAGCAGGCAAACUGCAAUGGUCUGCUUUUUUGUUGUGGUUUUACAAUAUUUAUCAUAGUUGUAGUCAUGAUUGUUAUCACUAUUUUACUCAAAGCAGUGAGUAUGUGAAUUAAGACAUUUACAAAGGGUGGAACACUCCUGAUUUUCCUUUUUUCAUUGUAUUUUCUUAGAGAGCUGCAGCUUUUCUAUAUAAAAAAUAUUAUAGUGUAUUUUAUGUUUCUUUUAUUUUUGCAUUAACCAUUAACCCAUUGAUAUAAAUUGAUUAGUACACUUCUAGUUGGUGGACCCGAAGCUGCUGUUUGACUGAGCUCUACAGCAAAUCCUGUUAUUGUUUAUGGGUUAUUGUGAUGUUCUUUGUUGACAUUUGGAUUUUCAUGUUUCAUGUAUCUUAACCUGCUGUUUUGUUUUAAAGCAGUUUCUUCUUUGUGUGUUUUUUUGUUUUCAGUUUUGCUUCCAGUCUUUUGUUACUUUAUUGUCACACCUGCAUCAUGUAGGUCACAAAUCCAGUUGGUGUGUAUAUAUUACCAGGUUUCUUUUGCUCCUUAUGAGAGCUCUGCAAUUAAUCAUGUGUAUAAUAGUGUGGUGGUGGUAUUGUGGAUUAGAACUGUUACUUUUUCCAAAAGGAUUGACAGGUGACCCAUCUAGUGAUGGCAGCUGGGAAAGUCUCCAGCUUGACUACAGUUCCAUCAAAUUGAUGUUGAGCACCCGCUUUGACUUCUUUAAAUGUGGUAAUAAUAAUAAUAAUAAUUAUUAUUAUUAUUAAUAAUGAUAAUAAUAAUAAUAAUAAUAAUAAUAGUAGUAGUAGUAGUAGUAGUAGUAGUAGUAGUAUUUUUUCUAGGUUACCAGAGCAUGCAAUAGGUGCCCUCUGUUGGGUCACAAGGUGAAUUACUUCUACAAGCCUGAUGCAUCUAUAUUAGGUCAAUUCUCUGAAGCACUUACUGAUCAUAAUCUGAUAAUUCAACAUGGUCCAGAUGUUUAAAUUGAAGAAUAAGAAGUGGCAACACUAUUGUUUGUAGAAUUUUAAUUUUUUUCUAUAUUUUAUUUUUUAAUUUUAUUUAAUUUUAAUUUUUUUUUUUCUGUGCUAGCCUGGUCUUGUUAUUGCUCAUCUUUGUAUUUUGCAUUUCUGUUCUUAGGUUAUUCUGCUAGUGCAUUACUUUUAAUUUGUUGAUUAAAAUUUAUUCAUUAACAUCA